CCAAACCUUUCACUGCCCCCUACAAAUACACAUUUAUUAGUUUAGAUAUAUUAACCGUGAGUGUUGUGGGUGGAGUUGAGAGAUAGAACUCCUCCUCCAAAUAAAAAUAUAGUUCAUGGUCAUGGCUAGUAAAAAUAAUAGCAACAUUUUCUCAAUGGGUUCUUUAUUAUUCUUCUUCUACAUCAUCUUUAAUCUCUUCCAAUAUUCCUUUUCAGAAGCUCAGAAUAAUAAGGCUACUCCAGCCAUGUAUGUGUUUGGUGACUCCUUAGUGGAUGUUGGUAACAAUAAUCACUUACUCUUGUCUCUUGCUAAGGCUAACUUUCCUCAUAACGGCGUUGAUUUUCCUGGCAAAACAGCUACAGGAAGAUUCUGUAAUGGCCGGAAUACAGCAGAUUUUCUAGCUGAGAAAGUGGGAUUGCCAAGUUCGCCACCAUAUCUAUCUCUCCUCAAAUCCAAAGAGAACACUGUUUUGUUGAUGAACGGAACUAGCUUUGCCUCAGGGGGAGCAGGAAUUUUUAAUGGUACAGACGAAGUUUAUAGACAGUCAUUACCUCUUACGAAGCAAGUGGAGUACUAUUCGAUAGUACACGACAAGCUAGUGCAGCAGCUAGGAUCCACAAGCGCAGAGCAACAUCUCUCAAAAUCUCUAUUCACAAUUGUCAUUGGAAGCAACGACCUCUUUGGAUACUUUGGCUCCUCCAAGCUUCGUAAUCGAACCACCCCACAAGAGUAUGUAGAAGAAAUGAUUGUUACACUUAAAGAACAACUCAAGAAAUUACACAGUUAUGGUGCUCGGAAAUUUGUAGUGACUGGGGUAGGGCCAAUUGGAUGCUGCCCAGCACAAAGGAGAAAAAGCUCGUCAGGAGACUGCUUCCAAGAAAUGAAUGAUUGGGCUAUCAAAUAUAAUGAUGGUCUAAAGUCAACGUUGGGGGAACUGAAAUCAGUGUUGAACAACAUCAGCUACUCCUACUUUGAGACUUAUGAUGUUUUAAACAACCUUGUCCAGCAACCAGCAUCAUAUGGAUUUACAGAAGUGAAAUCUGCUUGCUGUGGUCUUGGGAAAUUUAGGUCCGAAUCACCUUGCCUGCCAAUAGCAAAAUAUUGCUCCAACAGACGAGGCCAUGUGUUUUGGGAUCUAUACCAUCCAACAGAAGCGACACAUAGCAUCUUAUCUGAUUAUAUCUUUGAUGGUCCACCAAAAUAUAUAUUUCCAUUGAGCGUCAAGCAGUUAGUUGCUCUUUAGACUCGUAACACCAGAGACCAAUACAAGAAAGCACCAUAAUAUAAUGUUACCUCAGUUGACUUUUAUAGUGAAAGACCCCUAAGUUUAAGUGCGUACAACUUUUUUGUAGCUAGUUGAAAAAAGAUAAACAGUAGUUGUAGCCAAAUUUAACGUCAAAAUGAAAUUAUGGAUCAACAUGAUUUUUCCCAAAAUAAAAGGAUUUUCAUUGCAA